AUGGCUUGGUUCAUUGUAAACAUCAGUAACAUCACUUUGGAGAGCACACUAUAUGGCGAUGAGCCGCGAGAUGAGCGCUUGGCUCAAGUGGAAAUAGCUCUUCUGUCCAUCAUCUUCAUCACCGCGGGGAUCUUGAACUUCGGGCUGUUGUUGGUACUGUGGAAGCGGAGGAAGCAGUUUUCCAGGAUGCGCGUCUUCGUUCUCCACCUGUGCGUCGCCGAUCUGGUGGUCACAUUCUUCCAAAUUUGUCCCCAACUCAUGUGGGACAUCACUGACCGAUUCGUCGGGCCAGACAUAUUGUGUCGCGCGGUGAAGUACUUUCAGGUGGUCGGGAUGUUCGCCUCCACUUAUAUGAUCGUAGUGAUGACAAUAGACCGAUAUCAAGCCAUCUGCAAGCCCAUGGUGACUUUCCAGAGGCGCAGGGCGCGCUGGAACGGCUCUGUGUGCGCCGCCUGGUGCGUCUCUCUCAUCGGCAGCCUCCCGCAGAUCUUCAUCUUCUCCCGGGUCGAGGUCGCUCCCGGUGUGUACGACUGCUGGGGGCAGUUCAUCAAGCCGUGGGGUCCGAGAGCCUACGUUACCUGGACGACUCUGGUGAUAUUCGUCCUACCCAUCCUCAUGGUGAUCGUGUGCCAGGUGCGCAUCUGUCGCACCGUGUACAUUAACUUCCACAUGAAGACGCACCACGUCGCAGAGGCGGCCAGUAAGCGGCUGUCGUCCAGGGCCAGCAGCGUGGCUGGGGUGUCCAAGGCGAGGGUGAAGACGGUGAAGAUGACCGUGGUCCUCGUGCUCGCAUACAUCAUCUGCUGGACGCCUUUCUUCACCGUGCAGCUCUGGUCCGUCUGGGACGCUGAGGCGCCCACUCAGACUGCAACCUUCACCAUCUUGAUGCUGCUGGCCAGUCUGAACAGCUGUGCGAACCCCUGCAUCUACCUGCUGUUCAGCGGGAAGCUGCCCAAGACGCUGGUGGCUCUGAUGUGUGCGGGUCAGUCCAAUCUGAAGGAGUCCCUCCAGGAGGAGACCACCAUGGUCACCUCCCUGUACAUCAGCCUCAAGAGUCUGUCAGAGAGCAGAUAAAAGUGCUGAAGCCUCGGAUGCUUAACUC